AUGAACCUCGGGAACUCCAAAAUUUGCCUUCAAGGCCAACCUCCUGCCCGAGGUUCAUGGUUCAUGGUCACUCUCCUCGGUGUUCGCCUUAUCCCUGAGGUCACAGGGUUGGUUUCCGCCAAUUCCUUGCAUAUCUCGAGUAACUCGAUGGCGUCUAAGGCGACGGCGAUCGACCAUUCGAGCUACGUAGGUCGAAAAGUGAAGAAGGAUUUUGGAGUGCACGGCUGGUUCACGGGUCGAGUCGAAUCGUACGAUGCCGACGAGAAUUUCUUUCUGAUCAAAUACGAAGACGGCGAUUGCGAAGAAGUCGAGUUACAGGAGCUCGAAGGGAUCAUAGUUAAGCGAGGGAGACCGAAGCGUAACUCUAAUCUUCCCUUACCGCUGGCGUUAGGAGGAGCUAAUAGCGCAGCCUCCACGCCACUUGUCGCGAAUAAACGUUCUCUUGCAGGUAAGCAUACUCCCGUGGCGAAAGAUACUCAUGCAGAUGAUCAAACCCCUGCAUCGAUUUCUUCCAAGAGAAAACAACCGUCUCCUGCUGCAUGGCGUCAGACGACUGAUUCUGCCGCGGACAGAACGUCAGUCGAGCCAAGCCAAGCCGCCUUAGAUGGUACAGCUACCGUUAAGUUGCCGUUUUCAGCUGAAGCUGUUUUACAGAAAGGCAAGACGAACGCAGCUCUCUCCUCCGAGACUGUUGAUUUAGAAUUAACCGACGCGUCCGCGGCUGCAGGGGGAUUUCCUGCGGGAAAGCCCGUUCUUUCAGUUAGAGAUGCCAUUAAUCAAGCGCGCGCCGCUAAGAGCCAGUUGAAGCAGCACGCGCAGGGCAAGACCGGGCGGAAGGCCACGAAGGGCGGUAGACGAAGGUCCCGCGGAUCCUUGCGCGCCUCUGGCGGAGAUACCGAAAGCGAUGGCGAGGAGGAGGCGGAAGAGGCGGAGGUGGAGGAGGAGGACGAGAAUGUGGAGGUGCAGGAGGAGGGGGGUGCUAGAGGGGACGUUAUGUCGUGUCAUGGUGGACCUUCGAGUUCGGGCGGAGAGCAUUCCAACGGCAAGUCGUUUCAGAAUCUGUUUGCGUCGCAGAUCGACCAACGGCAAGUCCUUCUGGCGCUGCCUGCACGCGGCGGGCCGCCUGUUCUCCAGCUCCCACCUCCCCCUGCCGCAGCGCGACUCACGCCGCCACCUACCCCAGAUGCACCGUCACCCAUUCAAACCCCCACUGCCCUCCCAGGUUCUUACAACAAACGCCAUGUAUCCGAGAUCGCUACACCACCAUCCGCGUUGGUAUCAACCCCUGGUUACACGCACCAUCAGUUUCGCGACACUUUUCGCCAUAAUGUCCUAAGACCGCCUCCGUUCCCACCUCCACCGGUCUCAACCCUCCUCCCGCCUUCCUCCACCGACCUGCCAGUCCCAGCAGAGUCCGUUCUAGAUCUCCUCUCCGUCUACUGCUUCCUUCGUUCCUUCAGUCAGCAGCUGUUCCUCAGCCCGUUCACUCUAGACCAGUUCUGCCACGCCCUCACCACCCCGCGCGCCAGCCCACUAAUAGACAGCGUCCACGUGGCGCUGCUGCGCUCGGUGGAGGACGAGCCACCGUCAGCAGCGACGGGAGAGGGUGGCGGGGGAGGCGCGGGUGGUGCGGGAGGCGCAGGGGGAGCGGGAGGCAUGGGUUCAAAGAAGCUAGACAGAUCUGAGAGCGUGCAUUACAGGGAGCUGGACAAAGCAUCUCUGGACGAAAUCACCUGGCCGGAGUUUCUCCUCCUCUUCCUCUCCUCCCGCGCGUCCUCCCGCCCCAACAGCCGCAAGCUCGGCCACUCCGCCCUCGCCUCCUGCGACUACUACCUCCUCCCAGCCUCCACCAAGAUCGACUUUCUCUCUCUUCUCUGCGACGAAGCUCUAGGCAGCAGCGUGAGGGUGCGUCUAGAGAUUGAGCGCAGGCAAGGGGAACUGGAAAGGAGGUAUGCCUUGGCAGGGGUUGGUAUGGAGGAGGAGGAGGAGAAUCUAGAGGAUGUGCUGGCUCCGGUGGAGAGGCAGGGGAGGAGAAGGAGGGGGCGGAGGGUAGGAGGAGGUGAGGAGGAGGACGAGGCGGAUUUCGGGCAGGUGGGGUAUCAGAGCCUUGGGAUCUCCGCGCUUGCUGCUGCUGGGGUUCCCUCGGGUAUGGCGGGGUUAUCAGGGGUAGGGACCGGUACGGGGGCUGCUGCUGAGUCAGCAGGCGCGGGAGAUGAGCUGGCAGACGGGAACGCGGACGAGUGCAAGCUGUGUGGAAUGGACGGCAAUCUGAUCUGCUGCGACGGCUGUCCAGGCGCGUUUCAUUCGCGCUGUGUGGGGGUGGUGGCGGCAGCACUGCCGGAUGGGGACUGGUUCUGCCCGGAGUGUGACAUGAAGAGGAGGGCGGGCAAGGUGCUGGGGGCUGUGGUGCCAGAGGGGAUGAGAGGGGAGCAUCUGGGGGAGGACCAGCAUGGCCGGGUGUACUAUGGCUCCUGUGGCCGUGUGGUCGUCCCCGCAGACAUCCCCAGCCUUCUGCAUCAUCUUUCCGCGCUGGGCCCUGCUUUUACUGCUGUUCACGAGGCUGUUGCUGCGUUCGUUCGCUCGGAACUGCCGCAGUGGGAAACACCUGAAGACAGUGUGGAGGCAGCUGAAGACGGUGUAUUGGCACCUGAAGGCGAUGUUGAGGCACCUGAAGACGGUGUAUGGGCACCUGAAGGCGAUGUUGAGGCACCUGAAGGCGAUGUUGAGGCACCUGAAGGUGAUGCGGGGGCACCUGAAAGCAAUGCUGGGCGGCUGCAAAGUGCAGCUGACGUGGAGAUGCUGGAAGGUGAUAUUAAUGAAGGGGAUACUAAUGAGGUAGAAGAGGUAGGAGAAGGGGCUACUGCUGCUAUAGGUGCAGAUGACGGGGAUGUAGCGGAGGUUAAGGCGGAGGAGGAAGGUACAGCUGAGUUAAAGGCGGAGGAGGGGGAUGUAGACGAGGUUAAGGCGGAGGAGGAAGGUACAGCUGAGUUAAAGGCGGAGGAGGGGGAUGUAGCCGAGGUUAAGGCGGAGGAAGGGGGACCAGCGGAGAUAAAGGCUGGAGAGGGUUGUGUGGAUGCGAGUGCAGGUGGGGUCGCAGAGGCUGCAGAGGGAUUUGUGGAUGCGAGUGCAGGUGGGGUCGCAGAGGGCUGUGCAGAUGGAGGUGAGAUUGAGUGCGCAGAGAAGGGUUCAGACGACGGUGCAGAUGGUGAUUCAAUUGGGAGUGCUUGGGAUCUUGUAGACGAGGGUGUAGGGAAUGUUUCAGACGAGGGUGUAGGCCCUGUAGGGAAUGUUUCAGACGAGGGUGUAGGCCCUGUAGGGAAUGUUUCAGACGAGGGUGUAGGCCCUGUAGGGAAUGUUUCAGACGAGGGUGUAGGCCCUGUAGGGAAUGUUUCAGAGGUGGUUGGGGCGGCAGAUUUGAGUGAGCCAGCAGAGGUGGCGGUUGGGGCAGAAACGGUAACUGCAGGUGAUGUAGACGCAGAGAUAGGAGGAACUGGAAGAGGAGGAGGGGCAGCAAUGGUAGAGGCAGGAGAUGAUGGAGCGACAGGAGAUGGUGGAGAGACAGGAGAUGGUGGGGAGAUAGGAGAUGGUGGAGAGAUAGGAGGUGGUGGAGAGACAGGAGAUGCAGGAAAUGCAGGCACGGCAGAAAUAGGACAAGCAGAGGCACAAGGAGGGGAGGAUCCUAUGCAGGUAGACCUCUCGUUUGUACUGGGGUCCGAGCACUUUUUAGCAGCAGAGGAAGCGACGGUUGAGGUGCAGCCAGGGGCAGGAGAGGGGGCAGCAGGCGCUGCAGGAGGAGAAGGACCAGAAGAUGCUGCUGGCAGUGUAGGAGAAGGAGGAGGAGGAGAACGAGACGGAGCAUUGGAAGCAGCAGCGCAAGAAACGACAGCAGAGCCAGCAGCGGCAGUUGAAAGAGGAGCAACAGAGGUAGCAGCAGUAGGAACAGCUGACGAAGCAACAGCGCAAACAGCAAACGAAGCGGAACAACACAGAGAGCAGCAAAGGGCGGAACAAGAGCCCUGCAGCGGAGCAGCAGAGGCUGGUGAACAGGAGAAACCCCCGGGCUUGUCAGGCCCUUCCCUGACUGCUGAGGCAGGCCCAUCAGACCCUUCACUGGCACCUCAGGCAGGGUUUGAAAAUGAUUCACAAGAGCCCAAUGCUGCGUGGCACAAGCCGGGAGGAGAGCGGAUUGCCCGGGUGGUGGCGAGGCUGUGGGAACGACUUCAGAUAUCAACACCCUUGCCUGUUCACUCACCCAUCAUCCCAUCUCCCUCUCUUCCCCCCUUUUCCUCCUCCCCCUUCCCACCCACAGGCGGUUUUAAGAAGCUUCCAGGGCUGCUGUACGGAGUGCCUUUUACCAGUCGCCGAGGGGUGCCAGUGAGGGCGGAGAAGGUGGCGUGGGAGGCGAGAGUGGAUGCUGCCCACUCCGUCGCGCAACUGGCCCUGCAGCUGCGAUCUCUCGAAGGGCUCAUGCGCUGGGUCUCGCUGUGUGACGUGGCGUCGCGCGAUUCGUUUGUUCUGGAUAAGGAUUUCCGGCCGCCGUUUGUGAAAGGGAGGAGGUGGAGGGCGGAGAGGGGUGUGGAGUAUUUGCUGGUUGUGAAGAGCGAGGAGGAAAGGGAGGAGGGAGAUGAAGAGGAGGAUGAAGAAGAGUUCACAGAGAGGAAAGGGAGGGCUGUGGUGAAGCAUGAAGCGGAAAAGAUGAAAGAGGAGACCGUGAAAGAGGAGGUGAAGGUGGUUGGAAAGGACGAGGCGAAGACUAGGGGGAGUGAAAGCAAGGGGUAUGUGGAAAUGAAGGGAUUGGGAGUUAAGGAGGAAAGGAGCGAGGAGGUAAGGGAAGUUUUGGCUGGGGAGGGUGAGGGGGCCGAGAGGGAGGCAAAGCGGCCGAGAAGAGGAGAGCGAGGGGAAUGGAAGGCAGGGGGAGGGGGGGCAGUGGGAGGGGAGGGAGGUGCGGGCGGAGUGAGUGCAGUGCCAGCAGCGCAAUACUUGUUCGGAGUGGGUUCUGUCACCCCUCCCCUCCGUGUUGAAGGCCACGGCAGCGCGGCUGCUGACGGUGACACUUGCGAGGAGAUGAGGGACAAUGAGGUGGUGAGGGAGGCAGCGGAGGAAGAGAGGAACGAAGAGGUGGAGGAAGUUAUAGGCAGUGGUGGUGAUGGUGGGAAGGACGGAGGUGGCGAAAUGGUGGAUUUAUCCCAGGAGGACGAGGAGUGUGGGAGGGAGGAGAACGUUGGCCGAGAGGUGCAGGAGGUCACAGAGUUGAAUCCCUGGAAACGAAGGAGGAAAGACGGUGGGAAGGAUGAGAAUGCGACUGUGGCAAAGGGGGAUGUUGAGGAGGGGGCGGCAGCAGGUAAAGAAGAAGAUAGAUCCUGCAAGGAAGGAGCAGAGGGAGUCACGAGGAGCCGAGUGAAGGAGGAGGAGGGAGGGGCGAAGAAAGUAGAUGGGGAGAAGGGGAGAGUUAAUGUGAAGGCUGCAGUUGCGGAUGUGGUGAAGGGGAGCUUAUGUGGGGCGAAGGGUGGUGUGAAGGCAGGGAAGAAAAGUAAGGAGAAAAAGGAGGAGGAGGAGGAGGAAGAAGGUGUGGAAAUGGUGAAUGAAGACAAGGAGGAGGAGGUGGAGGAGGUGAAAACGGAGGGGGAAGAGAGAGGUGAGGAGGGUGGGAGAGGGAGAGCGGUUGCGGGCAGAGGAAAGGCUGCUGAUGUUGCUGAUAAGAACAAGCUGAGGCUUGUGGAGAAUGAGGAGAAAGUGGGGGAAGAAAGCGAACAAGUAGUAGGGAAGGUAGAGAGGAAGAUUGAAGAGAUGAGAGAAGUAGUGCAGGAGGUAGAGGAAGUCGAAGAGAGUGACGAGGAGGGGCAGGAGGAUGAGGAAGAGGAGGAGGAAGACGAGGAUGGGGGAGUGUGGGUGCCUGAGAGGCUCGUCCCACUGGAGCUGAUCCGUGAGUUUGAGCACCGGAGGAGAACAGAAAUCUGGGAAGAGCAUGCGAAGCUGGUGCGAGCAGAGAGAGAGGCAGCAGAGGCAGCUGCCAGGGCUGUUAUUGUGAAGUUCGUGAGGGAGAAGGUGCGGGCGAUGAGGGAGAGGAGGGAGAUGAUGGUACAGGCGAUGGUGGCUCAGUGUAGAGAGAUGGAGGGGCGGAAGCGGCGUGGGAAGGAGAAGCAGGGGCAGGAGCGGGAGGAGAAGCAGAAGCGGGAGGAGAGGGAGCGGGAGAGGGAGAGGGAGAGGGAGGCGAGGGAGCAUGAGAAGGAGGAUCGGCGGGAGAGGAAGGAGCGGGUGAAGGAGGAGAGGGAGAGGGAGCGGCAGCGGCGGAUGGAGGAGAGGGAGAGGGCGAGGAGGGAACGGGAGCAGGCAUCUGUAACGAGGAUGUCACAGGUGGUGGGGGCGGAGGUACAGGCGAGAAUAGUGGCGGAGGCACGGGGGAGAAUGCAGAGGGAGAUGGAAGAGCGGUGUGCUGCUUUGUAUGCCCGACUUAUGGCGGUGCAGAGUCAAGCAGGAGGUGCAGGGGAAGCAGGAGGAGCGGGAGCAGGAGGUGCAGGGGAAGCAGGAGGAGCGGGAGCAGGAGGAGCGGGAGCAGGAGGAGGCGCAGAGGCGGUGGUGGAUUCGUGCAGGGUGUGCAUGCGAGGGCUCUUUGGCCAUGGGACGAUUCGUGCAGGGUGUGUGCAUGCGAGGGCUCUUCGGCCAUGGGUGAGUGGUAGGGGUGCGUGGAUGGUGGCUCACAUGUGGGAGUUUGAGCCUUUUGUUGCUGGUUUGUGGAAAUCUGAACCUCCUGCUUUGUGUUGUUCUCCCUUCUCUCCCUGCUUUACCUUCUCUUCUCUCCCUGCUUUACCUUCUCUUCUCUCCCUGCUUUACCUUCUCUUCUCUCCCUGCUUUACCUUCUCUUCUCUCCCUGCUUUACCUUCUCUUCUCUCCCUGCUUUACCUUCUCUUCUCUCCCUGCUUUACCUUCUCUUCUCUCCCUGCUUUACCUUCUCUUCUCUCCCUGCUUUACCUUCUCUUCUCUCCCUGCUUUACCUUCUCUUCUCUCCCUGCUUUACCUUCUCUUCUCUCCCUGCUUUACCUUCUCUUCUCUCCCUGCUUUACCUUCUCUUCUCUCCCUGCUUUACCUUCUCUUCUCUCCCUGCUUUACCUUCUCUUCUCUCCCUGCUUUACCUUCUCUUCUCUCCCUGCUUUACCUUCUCUUCUCUCCCUGCUUUACCUUCUCUUCUCUCCCUGCUUUACCUUCUCUUCUCUCCCUGCUUUACCUUCUCUUCUCUCCCUGCUUUACCUUCUCUUCUCUCCCUGCUUUACCUUCUCUUCUCUCCCUGCUUUACCUUCUCUUCUCUCCCUGCUUUACCUUCUCUUCUCUCCCUGCUUUACCUUCUCUUCUCUCCCUGCUUUACCUUCUCUUCUCUCCCUGCUUUACCUUCUCUUCUCUCCCUGCUUUACCUUCUCUUCUCUCCCUGCUUUACCUUCUCUUCUCUCCCUGCUUUACCUUCUCUCUCUCUCCUGCUUUACCUUCUCUUCUCUCCCUGCUUUACCUUCUCUUCUCUCCCUGCUUUACCUUCUCUUCUCUCCCUGCUUUACCUUCUCUUCUCUCCCUGCUUUACCUUCUCUUCUCUCCCUGCUUUACCUUCUCUUCUCUCCCUGCUUUACCUUCUCUUCUCUCCCUGCUUUACCUUCUCUUCUCUCCCUGCUUUACCUUCUCUUCUCUCCCUGCUUUACCUUCUCUUCUCUCCCUGCUUUACCUUCUCUUCUCUCCCUGCUUUACCUUCUCUUCUCUCCCUGCUUUACCUUCUCUUCUCUCCCUGCUUUACCUUCUCUUCUCUCCCUGCUUUACCUUCUCUUCUCUCCCUGCUUACCUUCUCUUCUCUCCCUGCUUUACCUUCUCUUCUCUCCCUGCUUUACCUUCUCUUCUCUCCCUGCUUUACCUUCUCUUCUCUCCCUGCUUUACCUUCUCUUCUCUCCCUGCUUUACCUUCUCUUCUCUCCCUGCUUUACCUUCUCUUCUCUCCCUGCUUUACCUUCUCUUCUCUCCCUGCUUUACCUUCUCUUCUCUCCCUGCUUUACCUUCUCUUCUCUCCCUGCUUUACCUUCUCUUCUCUCCCUGCUUUACCUUCUCUUCUCUCCCUGCUUUACCUUCUCUUCUCUCCCUGCUUUACCUUCUCUUCUCUCCCUGCUUUACCUUCUCUUCUCUCCCUGCUUUACCUUCUCUUCUCUCCCUGCUUUACCUUCUCUUCUCUCCCUGCUUUACCUUCUCUUCUCUCCCUGCUUUACCUUCUCUUCUCUCCCUGCUUUACCUUCUCUUCUCUCCCUGCUUUACCUUCUCUUCUCUCCCUGCUUUACCUUCUCUUCUCUCCCUGCUUUACCUUCUCUUCUCUCCCUGCUUUACCUUCUCUUCUCUCCCUGCUUUACCUUCUCUUCUCUCCCUGCUUUACCUUCUCUUCUCUCCCUGCUUUACCUUCUCUUCUCUCCCUGCUUUACCUUCUCUUCUCUCCCUGCUUUACCUUCUCUUCUCUCCUGCUUUACCUUCUCUUCUCUCCCUGCUUUACCUUCUCUCUCUCCUGCUUUACCUUCUCUUCUCUCCCUGCUUUACCUUCUCUUCUCUCCCUGCUUUACCUUCUCUUCUCUCCCUGCUUUACCUUCUCUUCUCUCCCUGCUUUACCUUCUCUUCUCUCCCUGCUUUACCUUCUCUUCUCUCCCUGCUUUACCUUCUCUUCUCUCCCUGCUUUACCUUCUCUUCUCUCCCUGCUUUACCUUCUCUUCUCUCCCUGCUUUACCUUCUCUUCUCUCCCUGCUUUACCUUCUCUUCUCUCCCUGCUUUACCUUCUCUUCUCUCCCUGCUUUACCUUCUCUUCUCUCCCUGCUUUACCUUCUCUUCUCUCCCUGCUUUACCUUCUCUUCUCUCCCUGCUUUACCUUCUCUUCUCUCCCUGCUUUACCUUCUCUUCUCUCCUGCUUUACCUUCUCUUCUCUCCCUGCUUUACCUUCUCUUCUCUCCCUGCUUUACCUUCUCUCUCUCCUGCUUUCCUUCUCUCCCUGCUUUCCUUGCUUUCCAUUCUCUCCCUGCUUUCCUUGCUUUCCAUUCUCUCCCUGCUUUCCUUGCUUUCCAUUCUCUCCCUGCUUUCCUUGCUUUCCAUUCUCUCCCUGCUUUCCUUGCUUUCCAUUCUCUCCCUGCUUUCCUUGCUUUCCAUUCUCUCCCUGCUUUCCUUGCUUUCCAUUCUCUCCCUGCUUUCCUUGCUUUCCAUUCUCUCCCUGCUUUCCUUGCUUUCCAUUCUCUCCCUGCUUUCCUUGCUUUCCAUUCUCUCCCUGCUUUCCUUGCUUUCCAUUCUCUCCCUGCUUUCCUUGCUUUCCAUUCUCUCCCUGCUUUCCUUGCUUUCCAUUCUCUCCCUGCUUUCCUUGCUUUCCAUUCUCUCCCUGCUUUCCUUGCUUUCCAUUCUCUCCCUGCUUUCCUUGCUUUCCAUUCUCUCCCUGCUUUCCUUGCUUUCCAUUCUCUCCCUGCUUUCCUUGCUUUCCAUUCUCUCCCUGCUUUCCUUGCUUUCCAUUCUCUCCCUGCUUUCCUUGCUUUCCAUUCUCUCCCUGCUUUCCUUGCUUUCCAUUCUCUCCCUGCUUUCCUUGCUUUCCAUUCUCUCCCUGCUUUCCUUGCUUUCCAUUCUCUCCCUGCUUUCCUUGCUUUCCAUUCUCUCCCUGCUUUCCUUGCUUUCCAUUCUCUCCCUGCUUUCCUUGCUUUCCAUUCUCUCCCUGCUUUCCUUGCUUUCCAUUCUCUCCCUGCUUUCCUUGCUUUCCAUUCUCUCCCUGCUUUCCUUGCUUUCCAUUCUCUCCCUGCUUUCCUUGCUUUCCAUUCUCUCCCUGCUUUCCUUGCUUUCCAUUCUCUCCCUGCUUUCCUUGCUUUCCAUUCUCUCCCUGCUUUCCUUGCUUUCCAUUCUCUCCCUGCUUUCCUUGCUUUCCAUUCUCUCCCUGCUUUCCUUGCUUUCCAUUCUCUCCCUGCUUUCCUUGCUUUCCAUUCUCUCCCUGCUUUCCUUGCUUUCCAUUCUCUCCCUGCUUUCCUUGCUUUCCAUUCUCUCCCUGCUUUCCUUGCUUUCCAUUCUCUCCCUGCUUUCCUUGCUUUCCAUUCUCUCCCUGCUUUCCUUGCUUUCCAUUCUCUCCCUGCUUUCCUUGCUUUCCAUUCUCUCCCUGCUUUCCUUGCUUUCCAUUCUCUCCCUGCUUUCCUUGCUUUCCAUUCUCUCCCUGCUUUCCUUGCUUUCCAUUCUCUCCCUGCUUUCCUUGCUUUCCAUUCUCUCCCUGCUUUCCUUGCUUUCCAUUCUCUCCCUGCUUUCCUUGCUUUCCAUUCUCUCCCUGCUUUCCUUGCUUUCCAUUCUCUCCCUGCUUUCCUUGCUUUCCAUUCUCUCCCUGCUUUCCUUGCUUUCCAUUCUCUCCCUGCUUUCCUUGCUUUCCAUUCUCUCCCUGCUUUCCUUGCUUUCCAUUCUCUCCCUGCUUUCCUUGCUUUCCAUUCUCUCCCUGCUUUCCUUGCUUUCCAUUCUCUCCCUGCUUUCCUUGCUUUCCAUUCUCUCCCUGCUUUCCUUGCUUUCCAUUCUCUCCCUGCUUUCCUUGCUUUCCAUUCUCUCCCUGCUUUCCUUGCUUUCCAUUCUCUCCCUGCUUUCCUUGCUUUCCAUUCUCUCCCUGCUUUCCUUGCUUUCCAUUCUCUCCCUGCUUUCCUUGCUUUCCAUUCUCUCCCUGCUUUCCUUGCUUUCCAUUCUCUCCCUGCUUUCCUUGCUUUCCAUUCUCUCCCUGCUUUCCUUGCUUUCCAUUCUCUCCCUGCUUUCCUUGCUUUCCAUUCUCUCCCUGCUUUCCUUGCUUUCCAUUCUCUCCCUGCUUUCCUUGCUUUCCAUUCUCUCCCUGCUUUCCUUGCUUUCCAUUCUCUCCCUGCUUUCCUUGCUUUCCAUUCUCUCCCUGCUUUCCUUGCUUUCCAUUCUCUCCCUGCUUUCCUUGCUUUCCAUUCUCUCCCUGCUUUCCUUGCUUUCCAUUCUCUCCCUGCUUUCCUUGCUUUCCAUUCUCUCCCUGCUUUCCUUGCUUUCCAUUCUCUCCCUGCUUUCCUUGCUUUCCAUUCUCUCCCUGCUUUCCUUGCUUUCCAUUCUCUCCCUGCUUUCCUUGCUUUCCAUUCUCUCCCUGCUUUCCUUGCUUUCCAUUCUCUCCCUGCUUUCCUUGCUUUCCAUUCUCUCCCUGCUUUCCUUGCUUUCCAUUCUCUCCCUGCUUUCCUUGCUUUCCAUUCUCUCCCUGCUUUCCUUGCUUUCCAUUCUCUCCCUGCUUUCCUUGCUUUCCAUUCUCUCCCUGCUUUCCUUGCUUUCCAUUCUCUCCCUGCUUUCCUUGCUUUCCAUUCUCUCCCUGCUUUCCUUGCUUUCCAUUCUCUCCCUGCUUUCCUUGCUUUCCAUUCUCUCCCUGCUUUCCUUGCUUUCCAUUCUCUCCCUGCUUUCCUUGCUUUCCAUUCUCUCCCUGCUUUCCUUGCUUUCCAUUCUCUCCCUGCUUUCCUUGCUUUCCAUUCUCUCCCUGCUUUCCUUGCUUUCCAUUCUCUCCCUGCUUUCCUUGCUUUCCAUUCUCUCCCUGCUUUCCUUGCUUUCCAUUCUCUCCCUGCUUUCCUUGCUUUCCAUUCUCUCCCUGCUUUCCUUGCUUUCCAUUCUCUCCCUGCUUUCCUUGCUUUCCAUUCUCUCCCUGCUUUCCUUGCUUUCCAUUCUCUCCCUGCUUUCCUUGCUUUCCAUUCUCUCCCUGCUUUCCUUGCUUUCCAUUCUCUCCCUGCUUUCCUUGCUUUCCAUUCUCUCCCUGCUUUCCUUGCUUUCCAUUCUCUCCCUGCUUUCCUUGCUUUCCAUUCUCUCCCUGCUUUCCUUGCUUUCCAUUCUCUCCCUGCUUUCCUUGCUUUCCAUUCUCUCCCUGCUUUCCUUGCUUUCCAUUCUCUCCCUGCUUUCCUUGCUUUCCAUUCUCUCCCUGCUUUCCUUGCUUUCCAUUCUCUCCCUGCUUUCCUUGCUUUCCAUUCUCUCCCUGCUUUCCUUGCUUUCCAUUCUCUCCCUGCUUUCCUUGCUUUCCAUUCUCUCCCUGCUUUCCUUGCUUUCCAUUCUCUCCCUGCUUUCCUUGCUUUCCAUUCUCUCCCUGCUUUCCUUGCUUUCCAUUCUCUCCCUGCUUUCCUUGCUUUCCAUUCUCUCCCUGCUUUCCUUGCUUUCCAUUCUCUCCCUGCUUUCCUUGCUUUCCAUUCUCUCCCUGCUUUCCUUGCUUUCCAUUCUCUCCCUGCUUUCCUUGCUUUCCAUUCUCUCCCUGCUUUCCUUGCUUUCCAUUCUCUCCCUGCUUUCCUUGCUUUCCAUUCUCUCCCUGCUUUCCUUGCUUUCCAUUCUCUCCCUGCUUUCCUUGCUUUCCAUUCUCUCCCUGCUUUCCUUGCUUUCCAUUCUCUCCCUGCUUUCCUUGCUUUCCAUUCUCUCCCUGCUUUCCUUGCUUUCCAUUCUCUCCCUGCUUUCCUUGCUUUCCAUUCUCUCCCUGCUUUCCUUGCUUUCCAUUCUCUCCCUGCUUUCCUUGCUUUCCAUUCUCUCCCUGCUUUCCUUGCUUUCCAUUCUCUCCCUGCUUUCCUUGCUUUCCAUUCUCUCCCUGCUUUCCUUGCUUUCCAUUCUCUCCCUGCUUUCCUUGCUUUCCAUUCUCUCCCUGCUUUCCUUGCUUUCCAUUCUCUCCCUGCUUUCCUUGCUUUCCAUUCUCUCCCUGCUUUCCUUGCUUUCCAUUCUCUCCCUGCUUUCCUUGCUUUCCAUUCUCUCCCUGCUUUCCUUGCUUUCCAUUCUCUCCCUGCUUUCCUUGCUUUCCAUUCUCUCCCUGCUUUCCUUGCUUUCCAUUCUCUCCCUGCUUUCCUUGCUUUCCAUUCUCUCCCUGCUUUCCUUGCUUUCCAUUCUCUCCCUGCUUUCCUUGCUUUCCAUUCUCUCCCUGCUUUCCUUGCUUUCCAUUCUCUCCCUGCUUUCCUUGCUUUCCAUUCUCUCCCUGCUUUCCUUGCUUUCCAUUCUCUCCCUGCUUUCCUUGCUUUCCAUUCUCUCCCUGCUUUCCUUGCUUUCCAUUCUCUCCCUGCUUUCCUUGCUUUCCAUUCUCUCCCUGCUUUCCUUGCUUUCCAUUCUCUCCCUGCUUUCCUUGCUUUCCAUUCUCUCCCUGCUUUCCUUGCUUUCCAUUCUCUCCCUGCUUUCCUUGCUUUCCAUUCUCUCCCUGCUUUCCUUGCUUUCCAUUCUCUCCCUGCUUUCCUUGCUUUCCAUUCUCUCCCUGCUUUCCUUGCUUUCCAUUCUCUCCCUGCUUUCCUUGCUUUCCAUUCUCUCCCUGCUUUCCUUGCUUUCCAUUCUCUCCCUGCUUUCCUUGCUUUCCAUUCUCUCCCUGCUUUCCUUGCUUUCCAUUCUCUCCCUGCUUUCCUUGCUUUCCAUUCUCUCCCUGCUUUCCUUGCUUUCCAUUCUCUCCCUGCUUUCCUUGCUUUCCAUUCUCUCCCUGCUUUCCUUGCUUUCCAUUCUCUCCCUGCUUUCCUUGCUUUCCAUUCUCUCCCUGCUUUCCUUGCUUUCCAUUCUCUCCCUGCUUUCCUUGCUUUCCAUUCUCUCCCUGCUUUCCUUGCUUUCCAUUCUCUCCCUGCUUUCCUUGCUUUCCAUUCUCUCCCUGCUUUCCUUGCUUUCCAUUCUCUCCCUGCUUUCCUUGCUUUCCAUUCUCUCCCUGCUUUCCUUGCUUUCCAUUCUCUCCCUGCUUUCCUUGCUUUCCAUUCUCUCCCUGCUUUCCUUGCUUUCCAUUCUCUCCCUGCUUUCCUUGCUUUCCAUUCUCUCCCUGCUUUCCUUGCUUUCCAUUCUCUCCCUGCUUUCCUUGCUUUCCAUUCUCUCCCUGCUUUCCUUGCUUUCCAUUCUCUCCCUGCUUUCCUUGCUUUCCAUUCUCUCCCUGCUUUCCUUGCUUUCCAUUCUCUCCCUGCUUUCCUUGCUUUCCAUUCUCUCCCUGCUUUCCUUGCUUUCCAUUCUCUCCCUGCUUUCCUUGCUUUCCAUUCUCUCCCUGCUUUCCUUGCUUUCCAUUCUCUCCCUGCUUUCCUUGCUUUCCAUUCUCUCCCUGCUUUCCUUGCUUUCCAUUCUCUCCCUGCUUUCCUUGCUUUCCAUUCUCUCCCUGCUUUCCUUGCUUUCCAUUCUCUCCCUGCUUUCCUUGCUUUCCAUUCUCUCCCUGCUUUCCUUGCUUUCCAUUCUCUCCCUGCUUUCCUUGCUUUCCAUUCUCUCCCUGCUUUCCUUGCUUUCCAUUCUCUCCCUGCUUUCCUUGCUUUCCAUUCUCUCCCUGCUUUCCUUGCUUUCCAUUCUCUCCCUGCUUUCCUUGCUUUCCAUUCUCUCCCUGCUUUCCUUGCUUUCCAUUCUCUCCCUGCUUUCCUUGCUUUCCAUUCUCUCCCUGCUUUCCUUGCUUUCCAUUCUCUCCCUGCUUUCCUUGCUUUCCAUUCUCUCCCUGCUUUCCUUGCUUUCCAUUCUCUCCCUGCUUUCCUUGCUUUCCAUUCUCUCCCUGCUUUCCUUGCUUUCCAUUCUCUCCCUGCUUUCCUUGCUUUCCAUUCUCUCCCUGCUUUCCUUGCUUUCCAUUCUCUCCCUGCUUUCCUUGCUUUCCAUUCUCUCCCUGCUUUCCUUGCUUUCCAUUCUCUCCCUGCUUUCCUUGCUUUCCAUUCUCUCCCUGCUUUCCUUGCUUUCCAUUCUCUCCCUGCUUUCCUUGCUUUCCAUUCUCUCCCUGCUUUCCUUGCUUUCCAUUCUCUCCCUGCUUUCCUUGCUUUCCAUUCUCUCCCUGCUUUCCUUGCUUUCCAUUCUCUCCCUGCUUUCCUUGCUUUCCAUUCUCUCCCUGCUUUCCUUGCUUUCCAUUCUCUCCCUGCUUUCCUUGCUUUCCAUUCUCUCCCUGCUUUCCUUGCUUUCCAUUCUCUCCCUGCUUUCCUUGCUUUCCAUUCUCUCCCUGCUUUCCUUGCUUUCCAUUCUCUCCCUGCUUUCCUUGCUUUCCAUUCUCUCCCUGCUUUCCUUGCUUUCCAUUCUCUCCCUGCUUUCCUUGCUUUCCAUUCUCUCCCUGCUUUCCUUGCUUUCCAUUCUCUCCCUGCUUUCCUUGCUUUCCAUUCUCUCCCUGCUUUCCUUGCUUUCCAUUCUCUCCCUGCUUUCCUUGCUUUCCAUUCUCUCCCUGCUUUCCUUGCUUUCCAUUCUCUCCCUGCUUUCCUUGCUUUCCAUUCUCUCCCUGCUUUCCUUGCUUUCCAUUCUCUCCCUGCUUUCCUUGCUUUCCAUUCUCUCCCUGCUUUCCUUGCUUUCCAUUCUCUCCCUGCUUUCCUUGCUUUCCAUUCUCUCCCUGCUUUCCUUGCUUUCCAUUCUCUCCCUGCUUUCCUUGCUUUCCAUUCUCUCCCUGCUUUCCUUGCUUUCCAUUCUCUCCCUGCUUUCCUUGCUUUCCAUUCUCUCCCUGCUUUCCUUGCUUUCCAUUCUCUCCCUGCUUUCCUUGCUUUCCAUUCUCUCCCUGCUUUCCUUGCUUUCCAUUCUCUCCCUGCUUUCCUUGCUUUCCAUUCUCUCCCUGCUUUCCUUGCUUUCCAUUCUCUCCCUGCUUUCCUUGCUUUCCAUUCUCUCCCUGCUUUCCUUGCUUUCCAUUCUCUCCCUGCUUUCCUUGCUUUCCAUUCUCUCCCUGCUUUCCUUGCUUUCCAUUCUCUCCCUGCUUUCCUUGCUUUCCAUUCUCUCCCUGCUUUCCUUGCUUUCCAUUCUCUCCCUGCUUUCCUUGCUUUCCAUUCUCUCCCUGCUUUCCUUGCUUUCCAUUCUCUCCCUGCUUUCCUUGCUUUCCAUUCUCUCCCUGCUUUCCUUGCUUUCCAUUCUCUCCCUGCUUUCCUUGCUUUCCAUUCUCUCCCUGCUUUCCUUGCUUUCCAUUCUCUCCCUGCUUUCCUUGCUUUCCAUUCUCUCCCUGCUUUCCUUGCUUUCCAUUCUCUCCCUGCUUUCCUUGCUUUCCAUUCUCUCCCUGCUUUCCUUGCUUUCCAUUCUCUCCCUGCUUUCCUUGCUUUCCAUUCUCUCCCUGCUUUCCUUGCUUUCCAUUCUCUCCCUGCUUUCCUUGCUUUCCAUUCUCUCCCUGCUUUCCUUGCUUUCCAUUCUCUCCCUGCUUUCCUUGCUUUCCAUUCUCUCCCUGCUUUCCUUGCUUUCCAUUCUCUCCCUGCUUUCCUUGCUUUCCAUUCUCUCCCUGCUUUCCUUGCUUUCCAUUCUCUCCCUGCUUUCCUUGCUUUCCAUUCUCUCCCUGCUUUCCUUGCUUUCCAUUCUCUCCCUGCUUUCCUUGCUUUCCAUUCUCUCCCUGCUUUCCUUGCUUUCCAUUCUCUCCCUGCUUUCCUUGCUUUCCAUUCUCUCCCUGCUUUCCUUGCUUUCCAUUCUCUCCCUGCUUUCCUUGCUUUCCAUUCUCUCCCUGCUUUCCUUGCUUUCCAUUCUCUCCCUGCUUUCCUUGCUUUCCAUUCUCUCCCUGCUUUCCUUGCUUUCCAUUCUCUCCCUGCUUUCCUUGCUUUCCAUUCUCUCCCUGCUUUCCUUGCUUUCCAUUCUCUCCCUGCUUUCCUUGCUUUCCAUUCUCUCCCUGCUUUCCUUGCUUUCCAUUCUCUCCCUGCUUUCCUUGCUUUCCAUUCUCUCCCUGCUUUCCUUGCUUUCCAUUCUCUCCCUGCUUUCCUUGCUUUCCAUUCUCUCCCUGCUUUCCUUGCUUUCCAUUCUCUCCCUGCUUUCCUUGCUUUCCAUUCUCUCCCUGCUUUCCUUGCUUUCCAUUCUCUCCCUGCUUUCCUUGCUUUCCAUUCUCUCCCUGCUUUCCUUGCUUUCCAUUCUCUCCCUGCUUUCCUUGCUUUCCAUUCUCUCCCUGCUUUCCUUGCUUUCCAUUCUCUCCCUGCUUUCCUUGCUUUCCAUUCUCUCCCUGCUUUCCUUGCUUUCCAUUCUCUCCCUGCUUUCCUUGCUUUCCAUUCUCUCCCUGCUUUCCUUGCUUUCCAUUCUCUCCCUGCUUUCCUUGCUUUCCAUUCUCUCCCUGCUUUCCUUGCUUUCCAUUCUCUCCCUGCUUUCCUUGCUUUCCAUUCUCUCCCUGCUUUCCUUGCUUUCCAUUCUCUCCCUGCUUUCCUUGCUUUCCAUUCUCUCCCUGCUUUCCUUGCUUUCCAUUCUCUCCCUGCUUUCCUUGCUUUCCAUUCUCUCCCUGCUUUCCUUGCUUUCCAUUCUCUCCCUGCUUUCCUUGCUUUCCAUUCUCUCCCUGCUUUCCUUGCUUUCCAUUCUCUCCCUGCUUUCCUUGCUUUCCAUUCUCUCCCUGCUUUCCUUGCUUUCCAUUCUCUCCCUGCUUUCCUUGCUUUCCAUUCUCUCCCUGCUUUCCUUGCUUUCCAUUCUCUCCCUGCUUUCCUUGCUUUCCAUUCUCUCCCUGCUUUCCUUGCUUUCCAUUCUCUCCCUGCUUUCCUUGCUUUCCAUUCUCUCCCUGCUUUCCUUGCUUUCCAUUCUCUCCCUGCUUUCCUUGCUUUCCAUUCUCUCCCUGCUUUCCUUGCUUUCCAUUCUCUCCCUGCUUUCCUUGCUUUCCAUUCUCUCCCUGCUUUCCUUGCUUUCCAUUCUCUCCCUGCUUUCCUUGCUUUCCAUUCUCUCCCUGCUUUCCUUGCUUUCCAUUCUCUCCCUGCUUUCCUUGCUUUCCAUUCUCUCCCUGCUUUCCUUGCUUUCCAUUCUCUCCCUGCUUUCCUUGCUUUCCAUUCUCUCCCUGCUUUCCUUGCUUUCCAUUCUCUCCCUGCUUUCCUUGCUUUCCAUUCUCUCCCUGCUUUCCUUGCUUUCCAUUCUCUCCCUGCUUUCCUUGCUUUCCAUUCUCUCCCUGCUUUCCUUGCUUUCCAUUCUCUCCCUGCUUUCCUUGCUUUCCAUUCUCUCCCUGCUUUCCUUGCUUUCCAUUCUCUCCCUGCUUUCCUUGCUUUCCAUUCUCUCCCUGCUUUCCUUGCUUUCCAUUCUCUCCCUGCUUUCCUUGCUUUCCAUUCUCUCCCUGCUUUCCUUGCUUUCCAUUCUCUCCCUGCUUUCCUUGCUUUCCAUUCUCUCCCUGCUUUCCUUGCUUUCCAUUCUCUCCCUGCUUUCCUUGCUUUCCAUUCUCUCCCUGCUUUCCUUGCUUUCCAUUCUCUCCCUGCUUUCCUUGCUUUCCAUUCUCUCCCUGCUUUCCUUGCUUUCCAUUCUCUCCCUGCUUUCCUUGCUUUCCAUUCUCUCCCUGCUUUCCUUGCUUUCCAUUCUCUCCCUGCUUUCCUUGCUUUCCAUUCUCUCCCUGCUUUCCUUGCUUUCCAUUCUCUCCCUGCUUUCCUUGCUUUCCAUUCUCUCCCUGCUUUCCUUGCUUUCCAUUCUCUCCCUGCUUUCCUUGCUUUCCAUUCUCUCCCUGCUUUCCUUGCUUUCCAUUCUCUCCCUGCUUUCCUUGCUUUCCAUUCUCUCCCUGCUUUCCUUGCUUUCCAUUCUCUCCCUGCUUUCCUUGCUUUCCAUUCUCUCCCUGCUUUCCUUGCUUUCCAUUCUCUCCCUGCUUUCCUUGCUUUCCAUUCUCUCCCUGCUUUCCUUGCUUUCCAUUCUCUCCCUGCUUUCCUUGCUUUCCAUUCUCUCCCUGCUUUCCUUGCUUUCCAUUCUCUCCCUGCUUUCCUUGCUUUCCAUUCUCUCCCUGCUUUCCUUGCUUUCCAUUCUCUCCCUGCUUUCCUUGCUUUCCAUUCUCUCCCUGCUUUCCUUGCUUUCCAUUCUCUCCCUGCUUUCCUUGCUUUCCAUUCUCUCCCUGCUUUCCUUGCUUUCCAUUCUCUCCCUGCUUUCCUUGCUUUCCAUUCUCUCCCUGCUUUCCUUGCUUUCCAUUCUCUCCCUGCUUUCCUUGCUUUCCAUUCUCUCCCUGCUUUCCUUGCUUUCCAUUCUCUCCCUGCUUUCCUUGCUUUCCAUUCUCUCCCUGCUUUCCUUGCUUUCCAUUCUCUCCCUGCUUUCCUUGCUUUCCAUUCUCUCCCUGCUUUCCUUGCUUUCCAUUCUCUCCCUGCUUUCCUUGCUUUCCAUUCUCUCCCUGCUUUCCUUGCUUUCCAUUCUCUCCCUGCUUUCCUUGCUUUCCAUUCUCUCCCUGCUUUCCUUGCUUUCCAUUCUCUCCCUGCUUUCCUUGCUUUCCAUUCUCUCCCUGCUUUCCUUGCUUUCCAUUCUCUCCCUGCUUUCCUUGCUUUCCAUUCUCUCCCUGCUUUCCUUGCUUUCCAUUCUCUCCCUGCUUUCCUUGCUUUCCAUUCUCUCCCUGCUUUCCUUGCUUUCCAUUCUCUCCCUGCUUUCCUUGCUUUCCAUUCUCUCCCUGCUUUCCUUGCUUUCCAUUCUCUCCCUGCUUUCCUUGCUUUCCAUUCUCUCCCUGCUUUCCUUGCUUUCCAUUCUCUCCCUGCUUUCCUUGCUUUCCAUUCUCUCCCUGCUUUCCUUGCUUUCCAUUCUCUCCCUGCUUUCCUUGCUUUCCAUUCUCUCCCUGCUUUCAAGCUGA